AUGGCCAUCACGCAGUGCUGUUAUAGGAGCAAGACUCACUCACAUUCUGAACAACUUCUCAAUCACAUUGUCGACUGUAUUGCUGCCAAAAAACCGGAGACCCUCUAUGCCGAGUUUCCAAUAUCUCAGGUAUCACACGAAGCAAGAUAUCUGAAAUUCACAUAUGGAAAAUUUGCAAAUGCCAUAAACAGAAUUGCCUGGUGGCUACAUGAUACGAUCGGUCAAGGGAAAAAUCUCGAGACGCUAGCAUAUUUUGGCCCCAAUGAUUUGACAUACCCUUCUAUUAUUCUAGGAGCUAUUCUCCUACUAUCGCCUCAAAAUACAGUGGAUGCUCAACUUAACUUGCUCAAAGCCACACAUUGCAAAAUUCUCCUUGUACCAAAAUCACGCCUGCCCACCCCCAAGCCAAUAUUUGCAGUUUUGAACGAGGGGUUGCCUAUUUUGGAAGUUCCCACAGUUGAUGAGCUUCUGCAACCACGAUGUCGAGCUUUCCCGUAUCCCAAGACGUUCGAGGAAGCUCAGUUGGAUCCGCUCGUAAUUUUGCACACAUCAGGGUCGACUGGCCUGCCCAAACCAAUCACAUGGGUCCAGGGCUUUGCUUCUGCUUAUGCAAAGCAGCUACAACUAGACCCACCUGCAGGAUAUGAGAAUGUCGACCAUCAUUACAUGGGUAACAGGGUAGUCGUUGCAUUUCCCCCUUCCGAUGCGACAUAUGUUGCGCAUGUUCUGAUCAACGCUAUAUGUAAUCAAACAGUGGCAAUUAUACCCUUGGAAGGUACCAUUCCUUCGGCAAACCCAUUGUUAGAGACGCUGAAAAUUACGGAGGCCGAUUUAGCAUUUGUUGUGCCAGGAGUUAUAGAAGAGAUGAGCCAGUCCCCGGACCUCCUUGCGGAUAUUUCUUCGAGAAUUCCUCUGAUAGCGUACUCUGGAGGUGAAGUGCCGCAAGGAUAUGGGGAUAUUGUUUCCAGAAAGGUUCCACUUAUUAACUUUUACGCCAUGACAGAAGGGGCCAGUAUUGGGCUUGUCCGGAAAGAAGAUGAUAUCGCAAAAGAAGACUGGAGAUAUCUUGCGUUCCACCCCGACUCAGGCGCCGAAUUUCGUCAAUAUGCGGAAGACAUCCAUGAACUGUUUAUUGUCCGAAAGCCUGGCCUCGAACAUCAACACCAAAUAUUUACAACAUUUCGAGACGUUCAGGAAUAUAGAACGAAGGAUCUCUAUAUCAAACACCCCUCAAAAGUCGACCUUUGGCACCAUGUUGGACGUGCCGAUGAUACUAUCGUAUUUUUGACGGGCGAAAGAAUCAAUCCUGCCAUCAUGGAACAAAACAUAUUCUCCCGCGGCAAUGAAAUUUCCGGUGUAUUGGUCGUGGGUUCGCAGCGGUUUCAAGCAUUGCUAUUGCUGGAGCUAACCGGUAGAGAACGAGUGACUGCACUACAGAAAUCUGAAGAUGUUGCAAGAAUCUGGCCAUUCAUUGAGGAGGUGAACAGAAGCUAUCCAGCCCAUGCCAGAAUUGCGAAAACGCACAUCAUCCUUACCGAUCCUGGCAGGCCCCUUCCACGGUCUCCGAGAGGCACGAUUCAGAGAGCGGCAGCUCUUGCUGAGUAUGCUAACGAGAUUAAUGCUCUAUACUCUGCUACUCAAGGGGUGCCUGUCAACGGUAAAAUAACGUCUCCCCUCACUCACCAGGGCACGACGGCAUUAACAGAUUGUGUGAGAAGGGGUGUUCUUAAAAUCACAAAAAGGUCCUUUGAAGACGAUGAAAAUUUCUUCGUGGGAGGCAUGGAUUCCCUUCAGGUCUUGCAAUUGGCUCGAGACUUGAAAACCAAUCUGGAAAUUCCAGGACUAGGCGUGGGUGUCAUAUAUGACAAUCCGUCGAUCUCGUCCCUUGCCAACAUUCUUCAGCAGGCCGCAGCUGGGAGGCAAAUUCAUACUUCGGAUCACAAGGGAUUUCGUCGUGGUCGCAUGAACGCAUUAUUAAGAGAAUACAAGAUUCUGGUUGACGGGGUUAUUCCCUCGGCCACUGUGAAUCAACCAAGCACCAAUGGAAAUACAAGCGGAAAUAAAGUCGUCUUUUUGACCGGAUCCACUGGUGCAUUAGGAUCUUAUCUCUUACAGAGCCUCCUAGCAACCUCCGAUAUUGCUCAUAUAUACUGCUCCAAUGAAGGAGUGGGUGGUGGUCUUAAGGCGCAGAACAGCAGUCGAAUGUUGACCACCUCUUUCCCUGCUGACCGAGUGACCUUCCUAACCGUUGACUACGCAAAGCCAAGUUUUGGACUUGAGCAGGAGGCUUAUUUCUCUCUCCAGAAACGAGUCAGCUGUAUCAUUCACAAUGCGUGGCUAGUCAACUUGAACAUACCACUCUCGUCAUUCCUACCUCACCUCCAGGGGCUGGUUAAUCUGAUCGGUUUUGCAGCAUCCGGACAACAACAUCCUUCAAUUCUGUUUAUAUCCUCGACCAGCGCAGUUUCUUCGUUUGACGGCUCGAAUAUACCAGAAGAGAUCAUAUAUGAUUCUACUGUUCCCGCAGCGACGGGAUACGGCGAAAGUAAAUAUCUAGCCGAGCGCAUCCUCCACUACUCAGCACGAAGGCUUUCAAUUAAAACACAAAUCGCUCGUCUUGGUCAAAUAGCCGGCCCUGUUAAUGGAAAAGAGGAGUGUGACAAGAAUGAGUGGCUCCCUAGCAUCAUCAGGUCGUCGCAAUACAUUGGAGCAGUGCCUGAAUCUCUUGGUUCUAGCCUAGAUUCAAUUGACUGGAUUCCGAUAGAUGUUCUAGCUCAAAUUCUCAUGGAUCUCAUGGGGCCUACUGGGCUAAAAGAUAUUUCCGAUUCCGGAGCGGUCGUAUACAAUAUUCUUAAUCCGCACCCAGUCAACUGGAACACUUUCCUCUCCAUUAUCAGUCAAGGUCUUUCCUCAGUAAAUAGAAAGGCACAAGCAAAGGCUGUCUCAACAGUAUCGUUGGAUAGUUGGAUAUCCCGAGUGAAAAAGGAUAUGAAAAAGAUAGAUGGCACCGAAGGUAGCGAACUGGAAACUUUGCUGAAAGUCAACCCAGCGCUGAAGCUCGUUCGCUUUUAUGAGGACGCGAUGAGGCAGCAAAAAGUUAACUGGGCCAUGGAUAAGGCUAAGAAUGCUAGCCAGGCGCUGCGAGGUCUUGAGGGUGUUAAAGGGGCGUGGAUCAAGAAAUGGAUGAAGAGCUGGCUCGCGUGA